AUGGAAUCCUCAAAGGUCCCCGUCAAGCUCGUCAAGGUCACUCGUGUUUUGGGCCGUACCGGUUCCCGUGGAGGUGUCACUCAAGUCAGAGUCGAAUUCAUGGACGAUACCACCAGAAGCAUUAUCCGCAACGUCAAAGGCCCAGUCCGCGAAGACGACAUUCUCUGCCUCCUCGAGUCCGAACGUGAAGCCCGAAGAUUGAGAUAG